AUGGAGGACGUCGACGAUGGAGUCCUGUCCGUUUCUGAAUCCAGUGAUUCCGGCGACGAAUUCACCUGCGAACCCGAAGACGACGAAGAGUACAAAUUAUCAUCCGCCAGCGAUGCCGAAGCCGACCCCAAAACUCCCACUGCUUCGCCAAAUGAAGACCGAAAGUCCCAAAAUGUCGACGCUCUUGUGAGAGGAAACCUAGAGGUGAAAAGGCAGUCAUUACUUCCCAGGGUUUAUUCGGUGACGGAUGUAGCAGCUAGUCUUAGAAAGCCAUUUAAACCUCCUUGUGCGGAUGGCUAUGGGGAUAGUAAUGACCAGCUGGCACGUCGCCUCUGGGCUCGUAAGAAGUUUGUACCCUGGGGUUCUACUAGACCGGUUUUGGUUGCUAUUACGAACAUGCUGAAUGUCUCUGAAGCUGUUAAGAAUGAUGUGGUGGAAGAGAGUGUGGAUUUACCACCUGGUGUUGAGCCCUUGGUGCUAUGGCAGUCUGAGGAUCUGGAAUCAGCAUUCAUUGCAGUUGAUCCCUUGCUAGUUAAAUUCCUUCGACCCCAUCAAAGGGAAGGGGUCCAAUUCAUGUUCGAUUGUGUUUCGGGAUCAUUUAGUUCUGCCAACAUAAAUGGAUGUAUAUUGGCUGAUGAUAUGGGUUUAGGAAAAACAUUGCAGUCAAUUACACUACUUUACACCCUACUUCGUCAAGGAUUUGAUGGGAAACCAAUGGUAAAAAAGGCUAUUAUUGUGACCCCUACCAGUCUUGUCAGUAAUUGGGAGGCUGAGAUUAGGAAGUGGGUUGGUGAGAGAGUGAAGCUUGUUGCCCUAUGUGAAAGCACACGUGACGAUGUUAUCUCUGGUAUUGACAGUUUUGUCAGUCCACGAAGCCAUUUACAAGUAUUAAUCGUUUCAUAUGAAACAUUUAGGAUGCAUGCGUCAAAAUUCAGCCACAGUGACUCCUGUGACCUUCUUAUUUGUGAUGAAGCUCAUAGGCUGAAAAAUGACCAGACACUAACAAAUCGGGCAUUGGCAGGUUUAUCAUGUAAGCGCCGGAUUUUGUUGUCUGGAACUCCAAUGCAAAAUGAUCUGGAAGAGUUUUAUGCCAUGGUGAAUUUUACUAAUCCAGGAGUACUGGGUGAUGCUGGAUAUUUCCGUCGUUACUAUGAGACCCCAAUUAUUUGCGGUAGAGAACCCAGUGCCAGUGAAGAAGAGAAGAAGCUUGGUUCCGAGCGCUCUUCUGAACUGAGUACAAAAGUAAACCAGUUUAUACUUAGGAGGACUAAUGCACUAUUGUCAAAUCACUUGCCGCCAAAGAUAGUUGAAGUUGUCUGUUGCAAAUUGACACCUCUACAAUCAGAUUUAUAUAAUCACUUCAUACAUUCAAAAAACGUCAAACGAGCUAUUAACGAAGAAGCAAGGCAGUCAAAAAUAUUAGCCUAUAUAACAGCUUUGAAGAAGCUCUGCAAUCAUCCAAAGCUAAUCUAUGAUACAAUAAAAAGCGGGAGCCCCGGAACAUCUGGACUCGAGGAUUGUUUGCGCUUUUUCCCCCCUCAGAUGUUUUCAGGAAGAUCUGGAGCAUGGACCGGUGGUGAUGGAGCUUGGGUUGAACUGUCAGGGAAAAUGCAUGUACUUGCAAGGUUACUGGCACAUCUCAGGCAAAAAACUGAUGACCGAAUUGUUCUGGUCUCAAACUACACACAGACAUUGGAUCUUUUUGCUCAAUUGUGCCGAGAAAGGAGAUAUCCCUUUGUAAGGCUUGAUGGAACUACAACAAUUAGUAAAAGACAAAAACUUGUCAAUCGUUUCAAUGAUCCAUCAAAGGACGAGUUCGCGUUUCUCUUGAGUAGCAAGGCUGGAGGUUGUGGCCUGAAUUUGAUUGGUGGAAAUCGACUUGUUUUGUUUGAUCCUGAUUGGAAUCCUGCUAAUGACAAACAAGCCGCAGCAAGAGUCUGGAGGGAUGGACAAAAGAAGAGAGUUUAUAUCUAUAGGUUCUUGAGUACUGGGACGAUUGAGGAAAAAGUAUACCAGCGUCAGAUGUCAAAGGAAGGACUGCAAAAAGUUAUACAGCAGGAGCAAUCGGAUAUUGAUCAGGGAAACCUGCUUUCCACUGAUGAUUUACGUGACCUGUUUUCGCUUCAUGAGAACUUGAGAUCUGAAAUUCAUGAGAAUAUGAACUGUGAUCGCUGCCGCCCAAAUGAAAUAGAGUUGGAUGCUAAAUCUGAUGAAAUCAAAGCAUCUCCCCGGUGUCAAUCUGAUGAAGAAGAUAUAGGGGGGUUUGCAAGUAUUUCUGGCUGCUUGAACAAGUUAAAAGGCUCCGAGAAACAGGUGGGAACUCCUAAAGAAGAAGAUUUGGCUAGUUGGGGUCAUCAUUUUCUGCCAACUUCAGUACCUGAUAACAUUCUUCAGGCUUCAGCAGGAGAUGAGGUUUCAUUUGUUUUUACCAAUCAAGUAAGCGGAAAACUCGUUCCUAUUGAAUCAGCUGUAAGGCCCAACAAAGUGGAGGCAAGCCUGAACAACAUACCGAGAUCAAAAGAAAACGUAUUUCGAAAACCAACCUCAUCCACCCAAACUGUAAGUCAAAAUGUAUUGUUGUCAAUGUCCUCCAAUGGGGUUCAGAAGAAGAGCAUCCCCAUUUUACCUACUUCUUCGAGGCUCUUUCAGAAGCCCAAAUUAAAAAGUCCUGAUAAUGAAACACGUGUAACGUUGAAGAAUAAACUCUACCCUGGUAAAGAGAACAAUUUGUUACCCCAAAAAAGAGCUAUUCCUUAUCACAGAAAUGAUGAUGAUUUUGAGUAA